CCCUUACAUCAUCGCCAAGCCGCGAAUCUACGCUCAACCUCCUUAGGCAUAUUGUCAAAAUUACGUUGGAUGUGUAUACGGUAUCGAGAACUCUCCAUGGCUCUAUGGCCUAGCAAACGAAAUAAAAAGAAGAGUAACGCACCAGCGCAAUAAUGUCCAACUCAUCAUAUCUGUCAUAUCACGAACCCUCCCUAGUCGAGCUGCUCAUCUCAUCGACGUUCCUAUUAGCUCUUAACAGCAUAAACUCCGUGCUAGAUCGUACGCUAGCUUGCGGCCUCGUCGGCCAAGUGCUCCUCGGCACAGCCUGGGGCCAGCCCGGGGCGCAAUGGCUAUCUAUCGACUUCCAGCGUGUAGUGUCUAGCCUUGGGUAUCUCGGGCUCAUCCUCGUUGUGUAUGCGGGGGGCCUCGAGACCGACGUCGUGGCGCUGAGGAAGAACCUCGUUCUCUCAGUUGCUGUCGCAGCCACGGGCGUCAUCGUCCCCAUUGGUCUAUCUUUUGCCAUACUUGCCUCCUCUGGUUCCUUCUUGGGAACGGUGGACAGUGGCGCGUUGCUAUUGCCCGCCUUUGCUGCCGGCGCGGCUCUGUGCUCUACGAGCUUGGGUACUACGUUCUCCGUGCUACAAGCAAGCAGGCUGAGUCGUACGAGAUUGGGAGCCGUUUUGGCGUCGGCGGCACUGAUUGAUGAUGUAGUUGGAUUGGUAAUGGUGCGGAUCAUUACUAGUCUCGGACAGCGAGGAAAUGAACGUAUUGAACCAGCAACGAUACUGAGGCCUGUAUUAGUCUCUGUUGCAUUUGCCGUGGUUAUACCCCUUGCGUGCCGCUAUGCGCUGAAACCUGCCCGACGAAUUGCCGAUUGUAUCGCCACAGGACAAGAUAGUAGAGGGGAAGAGAAAGAGGCAAGGGAUUCUGACAAUAAAGCUAGAUUGAGGGCCUGGGUCAAUUCCCAAGAAGCAGCCUUUGUUUUUCAGACAGCGUUCCUGAUCUUACUGGUUGUCGCGGCUGACUAUGCAGGAACUUCAGUUUUACUCGCCGCUUACCUUGCAGGCGUCGUAGUGAGUUGGUGGGGCGGGCAAAGAAGCCGUCCCAACAAAACCUCUCCUGUCGUCGAGUCUCAUCUUAGAGAUACAUCACCGCCAUCAAUAGAGCAACAAACGGAGGAUAUUCAGGAACCCGUGCCAAACGAUGGUGGUUCUCCCAUAGACGAAAAAAGCUGGGAGGUCCCUACCGUAAAACUUAUGGCCCUAAGAGUUUUUGAUACAUAUUACGCCCAAGUGGUUGCUCAUGUACUGAAACCAUUCUUCUUCGCUUCCAUCGGAUUCUCUAUACCGAUAUCAAAGCUAUUCAAGGGCCAAAUUGUGUGGCGAGGUAUCAUCUACAGCAUCCUCAUGAUUAUUGGCAAGCUCGUCUGUGGUCUUUGGCUCGUACGGCUCCCGGGAUCUGUACCGGAUACAAUACGAAGUAUCAGUUCGCUGAUAGCGUCAAAACACAGCCAGGUUUUGUCAAAGAUUCGGCGCUGUCGUCCCGUGCCGAAGACAAAGCCGAACUCUAAUAGUGGCCUGGCAACUGAAACUACAUCGGUACAAGCUUCCCAGGAUCUUCACCUUGACGAGGCUACACCGUCUUCUCCGGGCUCCGACUCGGCAACGCCUCCUAAACCACUUUCCCUAUAUCCAGCAGCAGUUAUGGGCUGUGCAAUGGUUGCUCGUGGGGAAAUCGGAUUCCUCAUUUCAUCAAUGGCAGAAAGCCAGGGUGUUUUCCGUCAGGUAGAUGAGGAUGCCUCCGAAGCCUCUAAAUUCUUCCUCAUCGUUACCUGGGCUAUUUUUCUCUGCACCGUCGCUGGUCCUAUUGGCACUGGCCUGCUCGUAAGGCGCAUCAAGAAACUUGAGAAGGCUGCUGAGCCGUCGAGAGGCGGUGGUGGUCGAGGUGUACUCGGCGCUUGGGGCUUCAUGUGAGGGCUAUAGUCAACUUUGAUGGUUGCAAAUGUAUUAAAUCAGCUAUAUCAAUGAUAUUUAGAAUUCUGAUACCGUUGCC